CGAAAUCUUUGUUUACAUUCAUUUUAUUAAUUUGAUUAAAGGAUAAACCUUAACAUUUCCCAGUCCGUUUCAAGAUAGUAAAAUAGUUCAAAGUCCACCUUUACAUGUUGUGCUAUAACUGCUUUCAGGAUAUAAACAUUUAUCCUACAAUAGUUUUCUACUCAGUAAUACCUGCAUCGCAUUCUGUGUAUUAUGAACACUGAAAUAAUAAGUAUAUUGCCUGCAAACUCAUCCUGUGAUUCAUUUUCUCCUGAUUCUUUGUGCGACCUUCCUUCUUUACAAGUCUCCAAAAAAUUUGUACCAAAAGAAAAAAGGGUACAGAGUCGUUCCGGAAACAUUAAUAGAAAACAAAACGAAAUAUCAGAAGAAAAAGGCAAAAUUUUAAAAGCAAUUUUAGAUAAAGGAAACUAUGAAUUAAAAAUUUCUGCAAAGAAUGUAAGUGCCAUUGUUUCUCCUCUUAAUGAGUCAAGCCAAAAGAAAAAGUUCUGCAUUGGAAACGCUAAUAAAAACAAAGAUAUAUAUCCAAGACCCUCAUGGAAAUUUUCCACUCACACAAGACCUGCAUCUAAAUCCCCACAAAGAAUAUCUAGAAAAGAUGGAAUAACCAAAUCUCAAAACACACAAACUCGUGUCAACCACGAAUCACGCAGAACUACGAGAGAAAUUCCAAAGAAACAAAUUACCGAAAUUGAAGUGUUUAUGCCUAUAGUGGAUGCUGAGAGAGAUACAUUAAUUCUUCCAAAAUAUCAUCGUCCAAUUCGCAAGACAUACUUCAUAGACGUACAUGAGGUUCAACAUAAUGAAAAAUACCCAUGGCAUGCUGAAAGCAACGGUGCACACAAAACAACGAACCAAAAUAAGUUCAUAUUUCCAGUGAAAUGGACAAAACAUACCCGUGGUAAAAAGUAUCAAAAUUUGCUUAAACUACCUGAAAAACAGUUCAUUUCCAGUAAUGAGGAAUGUAAUUCGUUACAUAAUUUUGUCUCGUUUCCUGGGAAAAGUUCGCUACAAAAUUUAACAGAAAGGAUAAAUAAAAGCACUGUAGUGAAGCUUCGUAAGAAAAAUAUACCAAGUGCGGAAUCUCUUGAAAAAGCGCAAAAUUCAACCAGAUCUGAUAAUAGUCAGUUUAAAGAUAUUUCUGAGGGUAAAAAGUCUUUUCGGGAUAUAAAAUUAAAGCAUUUGAAAAGUAACUCUAAAAGGUUUAAUAUAAAAGAAAAGCAAAGUACUCUAAAGGCCCCAAUUCCAUUCGAUGUAUCCAAAAAAGAUAUUUGUAAGUUAGUGGUAGAGAACUCUAGAAAUUUGCAAGAAUCUGACUAUGAAAGUAAUGUACCCGCCAGCAAACAGGCAGAUCUUUGUAAGCAGAAACGCGGUUUUGACGAACCUUGCAAUAAAAUGUAUUCUAAUGCUUCACCCAGACAUAAAAUUGAAAAAGUAAACAUUUUUUAUCCAUAUAUUAAACCUAGAGAAAAGCGUUCAAAAUCGUACAAAGAACUAUAUGCUGAAGAAAUGGCUUACAAAGAACAAACAUUUAGAAGAAGCAACAGUUACAGUUUCAGAUGUAAGCAAUUGGAAAACCAAUGCGAUGCAAAAGAUUGGCGAAAGGCACCUAGGUUGCGAAAAGAUCGUACCAAUUUAAAGAACAAUCAUCAGAAGGAUGAUAGCUCUGACAACAGUACUGAAAUUUGGAUAGACAGAAAUAAAUAUCUUCAAAUGAGGCAGCGGAAAAAUAGCAACAAAGACAUCGCUUCAGCAAGUCAGCAUGUGCGAUCAAAUUCAAGCAAGAGCUCCAACCAUCCUGUGCCUUUACGCAAGCGUCCCCAAACCAAACUGAAACCUGUCAAUAGAUCAGGCCAAGUUUAAUGAAUCACUUGAGAGAUAUAACUAAGGAUAUGAAAUUUGCUUAGUCUUCUUCAACGGUUUAAAAGCUAAGCCUUUCGUGUAAUAGUUGCCACCAUAUACUUUUAUCAUAUCCGUGAAAGAACUGAAUAUAUAAGGCAAUAAACUGCCAGAAUAAACCGAAUGUGGUAAUAAUUAAAUACGAAAGUGUACAACAGUUUUAUUUGAAUCUGAAUGAAACUACUGUAACAGUGAUACUUCCGUAUUCUGAAAUACUUGUUUUUAGACUUUUCUCGCUGAUUGUGAGAUCCUUA